CAGUGCGGUUACACCAUACGCCUGAUGCUUAUGAAUCACUAUCAAGAGUCAAUGGUCAAACACAUUUACCAGAUGAAACCUACAUGUACCAGCACGGACAGGUGCCGACAGUGCAAAUGUCUUAAUCAGGACCAGCCUGGGACUCGAACACACGUCCAAAGAAGCGUUGCAUGGUAACGCUGUACACCAGGGGCCAUGUCUCCACGUUCCGUCCGUGCAGGUGUGGGCACAUGUCUCAUACACGUCAUGCUGCUGUACAACGCUGUCAUGUUAUUUCCGAAACCAAUCACGGCAUCUCAUAUCGAGGUGUCAAACCAGACAACUGACGUCAUUAAAGGAAUCCUAGAUGGCAGCUGCUUCAAUCAGACCAGUUGCCAGGAUGUAGUCAACAUAUCCUGUCAAUGGCAGACUCCAGAUGCUCCAGUGGAACACGCACCACUCUGCACGGUUUGGAUAAAUUGUUCCCAAGAUUGUAGUGGAAAUUGCAGCCACAACAUUUCCUGCGUGGGAAACAACACUCGCGCCCAACAUCAACCGGAACCUGGUGAUUCCGGCAUCCUGAUUGGAGCACUGGUUGGCGGUUCUGUGAUGGGCGUGGCCAUCGUCUGUGUCCUCAUCUCUCGACACGUGUAUCUAGCCAUGACGAGGCGGACCAAAGGCAGGAUGGUCUUCAGUGGACUCAAUGGGAGACGAAGGUCAACCGUCACACUGAGUGGGAAAUCCAAGAUAAGUAGCAGACGACAGGAAGUUCGUGGGUCCAUACAGGGAUCGACAAAAGUGAACUCCUUGAGAGAUCAAACGGUGGUGAAGGAAGAUUCCCAAAAGCGUCACCUACCGAAAAUAUCCUCUGACUCGGAAACUGAAGUCACCUCUACUCCAGACGGUAUUGUCCUCCACAUUGGUGGCAGCAAAAGGGCGAUCUCGUCCACGGCUUAUGAAGAAAUAGCAGAUACCGUGAUGGAAACACGCAACACUGACAUUCCAGCACGCAACACUGACAUUCCAGCACGCAAUGACAAGACUGGUAAGAAAGACUGCUUGAAAGGAACAGUUAAGGACGUACCUGCUCCAGGCGUAUGUGAUGGCGUUUCCAACAACAGCAUCGUUAAGAGGAAUCAGAUCUCGUCCAGUGGGUAUGAAGAUGUACCGGACAGCUUGGGGGGAAGAUGCUUCUGGCCCUGCCAAGCCACUACCCACACGUGUCAAGGACCAAUGGAAGGGUUCGGUUGAGGUGGUCUUCCUGACGCCACCAGAAGAUGAACAAGAUCCUGAGAGCGAUAUGAACUAAACUGGUUCCACUGCUGGUACGCGAGGUCGCUUUCAGCCAACAGGCUACGAAAAGUAGACCAACUCUGUACCACAUCCGAUAGUGAGCGUGCAUGGCCAUAUUGCCAUAUCCAUUUGGAGGAACAGCGAGUGUAUCACCUUCCAAACCACGUAGCAAGAAGUACGUUAGUUUCUUAUAAGGCCAUUAUAAUCUACACUUACAGCAUUUCAAUAGACAUCAUGAAGAUAUACAUACCACCCAUAAACAAGUGACAAUUGGCAGUAGUCUCUUGCAUAAGAGAAUGUUUUGUGGGCGGUUUGGUACGAAAUGACGUCAGGCGUUUAUUGGUUUGCCAGUAGAGAGAACACGGAAGAAUGUACAAUCAUUUCAUAAGAAGUCAAAGCGAUUUGAAAUGCUAAAACUAUAGAAUGAAGACAUGGUGCAAUUUAACAGGUUCGCACUCAUUUCAUAUUCAAUCCAUAUGCUUCAACUUGUAAACCGCGUUGCACUUUAUAUGUUGUGUGUAUAGAUUUUGCUCUGAAAUAUUACUAACGAUAUGAACAUAAUGCAAUGUUAGGAACAGUAAAGUAAACUUCAUUAAUCCGAACAUGCUAUAAAUAAAAUAACUAUGAAUAAA